AUGAUUAAACGAUCGAUUCUCCGUAUAUCACAAGAGGUCACAAAAGCACUCAAAGAGCAAAGGCCGGUUGUUGCUUUAGAGUCUACAAUCAUUACCCAUGGCUUGCCGUAUCCGCAAAACAUAGAAAUGGCCAAAAGUGUUGAGCAGGUGUUACGAGAUAAAGGUGUUGUUCCUGCAACGUGUGCAUUUAUUGAAGGCGUGCCACAUGUUGGGAUUAACGAUUUUGAGGGGUUAAGCAACGCAGUCAAGGUAUCUAGGCGAGAUAUUGGAUAUGUGAUGGCCAACAAGUUGAAUGGGGGUACGACAGUUGCUCUGACAAUGAUUUUGUCUCAUCUUGCUGGGAUAAAGGUAUUUGCGACAGGUGGGCUUGGUGGUGUGCACCGUGAUGGCCAGUUUAGUAUGGACGUUUCUGCUGACUUGAUGGAAUUGGGGAAGACACCCGUUAGUGUUGUGUGUGCUGGUCCGAAAUCGAUAUUGGAUAUUGGGUUGACGAUGGAGUAUUUGGAGACACAAGGUGUUUUUGUAGGGACAUAUAAUCCCGAGAAGUUGGAUAACGUACAGGUGCCGGGGUUUUAUUGUCGUGAGUCGGGAGUGAUAUCGCCAUAUGGGUUUGAGUCGUUUGCUGAGGCAGCACAGAUUGGACAUUACCAGGCGAUGGUAGGGUCGGGGAGUGUGUUUUGUAUUCCGCCGCCAAAGGAAACUGCCAUGGAUAGUAAGGUGGUUGGGGAUAUAAUAGAACGGGCUAACCAGAAGGCGAAGGAAUUGGGAGUUCUGGGCAAGCAGUUGACGCCGUUUUUGUUGAGCGAGAUUGCUACAUCAACUCAAGGCAAGUCCGUGGAGAGUAAUAUUAGUUUGGUAAAGAACAAUGCGAGUGCUGCAGCAGAAAUUGCCAAGGAGAUGGUAAGGAUGGUAGUUCCUUCUGUUUUGGUGGUGGGGUCAGUUGCACUUGACACGAUGGCUAAACUUGGUCCUGGAAGCAAGAUGGGGGACUCGAAUAUUGGCACGGUUAGGAGUUCUAUUGGUGGUGUUGGGUAUAAUAUUGCCAAAGCCAGUGGGUAUGUAAAUGGGAAUACCAAGUUUGUCUCAAAGGUGGGGGAUGAUGUGGGAGGGAGAACCAUCCAGGAACAAGUGCCUGGGUUGGGUAUUGGCAGGGGGAGAACGGCGCAGUAUGUGAGCAUGCAUGAUAGUAGUGGGGAGUUGAUUGUUGCGUGUGCUGAUAUGGAGAUAGCAGAGGAGAUGGAGGUAAACGACAAGGCUGGUGUGGCGGUGUAUGAUUGUAAUUUAUCGUCAGAAACGGUGUCGAAAGCACUUCCAAACAAUGAGUAUAACAUUAUUGAGCCCACGUCGCAUGUCAAAGCGAGACGUAUUGGGAAGAUGGAGGUGGGAGUUUUCCCCAACAAUAGGGUCAAGUUGAUUACGCCGACAGUUGCAGAGUUGUCCUCGAUUCACGAGUCAAUGCGAGACAAGUUUGAUGAUGAGUGGUUUGGGGUGUUGGAUGCCAUGCAGGUUGAUCAGAUUAGGGAUAGGUUGGAUAAGAGGUGGUACGACAAGGGUGUUUAUCAGCAGUGUUUCCAGUUGUUGCCGUUUUUCCAGAAUAUACUAGUCAAACUUGGCAAGGAUGGGGUGUUGUUAGUCAGUUUGUGCACCACAGUGGAAGACUAUAGGUCUAUUCCUACGACGUCUCCGUAUCGGCCAAAGAGUAUAGUUUACAGUCGGGGCAGGGGAGUGGGUGCAGUUGUUGAGUAUUUCCCGAUCCCCAAAGAGAAUGAGAAUAUCGAGGUGGAUAAUGUUACUGGUGCUGGUGAUGCGCUUGUGGGGUAUCUUGCGGGUAAGCUUUCUGAACUGAACUGGCUCAACCAUGAGAUUGGUUCGGUUGAACAAGUUUGGGGGAAAUGGGAGUCGAUCUAUAAGGCGCAAUUGGCUGCGGGUUUAACUAUACGAGGUAGAAGUCAGGAGAUUGCGAAUAUAUAG